AUGUCCUUGUUCCUAUUCCGCCAAAAGGGACUCGAGAGAUACCCAGAUAUGGCGCGCAACCCCAUCUCUAUUAAUCAGUGUGUCUGGGAAGAAUAUCUCUCUGCACAGGAGGCUAGUCUCCCCCCUCUUGCCGAUGUCCAAAGCCUCAGCGAGCGUGUUAUUCGGGUUAUGGGAGGGAACCCCGGAGAGAUGCAGUUGCAAGGAACCAACACAUACCUCAUCGGAACUGGACGAUCUCGAAUUCUAAUUGAUACAGGCCAGGGCAUGCCCAUCUGGGCAGCAAACAUCACCAAUCUCCUCGAAGAAAAAAACCUCGAGAUAUCUCACGUUCUCCUCACCCACUGGCACGGUGACCAUACCGAGGGAGUUCCCGAUCUCAUAAUCUACGACCCCCGCCUCGCUUCUCGCAUUUACAAAAACCGCCCAAGCCCAGACCAACUCCCAAUAGAAAAUAACCAGAUCUUCAACACCGAAGGCGCCACUGUCCGCGCUCUCUUCACCCCUGGCCAUGCAAACGACCACAUGUGCUUUAUUCUGGAAGAAGAGAACGCCCUUUUCACUGGUGAUAACGUCCUUGGCCACGGGUACAGCGUCUCCGAGAAUCUAGGCGACUACAUGCGAAGCUUGGAGAUAAUGGGCGACCAGAAAUGCGCUACUGGGUACCCUGCACACGGAAUCAAGAUUCUCAAUUUGCCGCGUACGAUCAAGUUCUAUAUUCGGCAUAAGAAGCUGCGUGAGAGUCAGAUUUACCAUGCUCUUACGAAGGCUGAUCGAACGCAGCAGAAUACUCGCGGAAGUUUGACGGCGAGGGAGCUGGUUCAUGCGCUUCAUGGGGAGAUUCCGGAGGAACUUUUUAAGAAUGCUUUUGAGCCGUUCAUGACAGAAUCUCUUUGGAAGUUGGCGGAGGAGAGAAAGGUUGGGUUUGAGGUUGUUAGAGGCGGUCGGAAAUGGUUUUUGAACAAAAGGGCUUGGGCGGUUGGACCUGUUGCUUGA